AAAAACCGACGCGAGAGCCUGGGACGCCGCGAGUCCCGUCUUUCCACUUGUGUCCAGGCGCCUUGAGUGACCUUGCUGUGUUCGCUAGCUCCUUCACAAUCGUGUAGCCUUUCUGAAGAAACGACAUGGAUCCGAAGUCAUGGAUGGAAUCGAUCAUGGAGUCCCUUAUGGAGGACAACUCGCGCUCAAUUGGUUUGCUCGGUUUGGGCGAUAACAUCGAUUCUGAUGCACGAAGGGCACGUCCGGCAAGCAUCGAUUCUUUUCAGCCAGAGCUUCUUGCUCGCAUCAUGCUCCUUGCUGGCAGAAUGCGACCGCGGGAGAUGAAGGACAUAGGUGAUCAAACGUUGGUUUUGUCGCAUGUUUCCCGAUACUGGCACGAUGUCGCCCUUUCCACCCCUCAGCUUUGGGCAAGCUUUGCGACAUACAGGGACCGUAGUCCGAAGAAGUCACAGAUGUUCCUCGAACGUUCGAAGUCCGCUCUGAUAGACGUCGACAUUGAUCUUUUCCAGUUGCCCCAAGACCGAGGCUGGGACGAGGUCAUAGCUCAUGUCCUCGCGCAGACUUCAAGAUUUUCUGAGCUUUCCUUCUCCACCACAGAGUCCAAGCUCCCUGAAUGUCUAUACACCAGACCAGCGCCAUUCCUCAAACGGCUACGCAUCUCAUAUCGCCGCAUGAGAUGGGAUGAUGAUCUUCUCACAAUACCGGUAGAACUUUUUGAUGGAAAGGCACCCUUACUGCAGUCUCUCGCCCUGGAUGGAUUCGCAAUGGACUGUAAAUCCCCGAUCUUCCACAAGCUCACUGAACUAAAUAUCACGUCUCCAAUGUUCCGGUCACCUCCUCAUCUAAGGACAACGAGCGUGCAGAUGGCCACCAUUCUCCGUUGUUGCGCUUCCACCCUCGAAAGGCUUCUCCUCGAUGAUUGCUUAGUACAAGAAGCAACCACCCCCAAUUCCUGGGCGACGCGACCGGGAGCUGUGACACUUCCGCGGCUCAAGAUGGCCAAGCUUGUGCGGUUUCCGUUCGCUUCCGUUGUCCAUUUCUUGACGUCCAUUGUUUUUUCGCCCAUCGUUCAUGUCAAUCUCUUGGAUGUUAGCCUUCAUGAUACUGACCCGAUGCUCACGCCCAUCCCUAUCCUACCCGAAAGGCUCUUCACCACUUCAUAUCAUUUCCCAGAUCCGUCGCGAUGCCUCCUACUUGAUUUAAACGCUGACAGAUUCCAAAUCUGUAUGUGGGACAGAGUGGAACGCGAAAAGGAUGAACCUUGGUAUCUCUACAGGCCUGGCGAAGAAGACCAAUGUCUCGACGCCUCGUUCUCGUUUUGGAUUUUCAUGCUCGGAAAAAAUGCGUUUGCUCGCAACGUGCUCAAAGACCUCCCUCUUUCGGAGAUCCACACACUCAAAGUCGGCCGCGGCCUAAUGCAGAUGUACUCCGAAGAGAAUUCGUCUUUGGACGAGCUCUUCCGUGAUGCAAGUCAAGUGCGUCACCUCUUCCUUGGGUCAGACCUUGAAGAAGCCCAUUUGGAGAGCAUCAUCCGCCUACUCAGUCCCCCGCAAUCUGCCCAUAGUGACCCUGGGAAACCCGAAGAACUCCUUUUGCCGUAUCUCGUCCACUUGCACUUCUCGGCGACGCGCAUCAGGUACCUGCCUCUGAAUCUCGUGCUUGACCUCAUCAGGGGCAGGGCUCGCGUUGGUGCACAGCUAAAGCAUCUGACGAUACGGAAGCCAUCGCGUACGAUCCCCAUGCUUCAGGUGUACGCCGAGUCCAUCGGAGCAAACCUCGUCACUGAUAUGAAUAGCGGUAAUGAGAAAGAAGUUCAGAGUGCCGAUAGAGAACUGCUGUGAGGCUCUCAGUGUGGCUACGCAACUUCGAUAACGGGGACACGAAUACUCAUACACGUCGUCCGGAAGUGUAUAACCCACACUGGUCGCCAUAGCCACUUACUGUAGCAGAUAUGUCUCGGACUGAUUAUGGAACACCGUCGCUCCUCGUCUAGUAGUAGGCAUGGAUGAAAUCUGCAAUUUGAACCUACUUUCCGAGAGGAUUCCAUCUGCGAACUGCGAACUAAGGUCACUUACUGCACG